GACUGAUAAAGAAAAAGAUAUAAAAAAAGAAGAAGAAAUAAACUCUAUAAAAAAUGUGCUCUGAAUAGAAUGAUUAGGAAAGUGCUUUUCAGUGUUAUAUAAUAUUUAUAUGAUAGAUAAUAUUCCACAGCUACGUUGGCACGCGCUCCUUCAGCCAUGCGUAUAGCAGUGAAUAAUUCAGAACUCUGGACAGCGCUCGAGUUUGCGCUUAAACUGAGGCAGUGGGCGGGGUCACAGCUUAAUCUUCGAGGUGAUUGGUUGUACUGGUUAUCAAGAGCCAAUCGGAUGUGAGGGACACGUCGAAAAAACCACCGAUAAUGGAGAUAACGGAGAUUAUCUUGUUUACGUCGCCAUAACUUUGGGUCCGGUGAUGACAUUGGAUGGAGUUUGAUUAUGAAAUGACCGGAGUAGGAUUGUUUAAAAAUUAAUUUAGCAUGGACUUUAAAACACGGACGAAGGAAUUGUAGGAUGAAGUUAAUUUUUAUAGCAAACCAUUGAAGGUAAUGGGCGCCGAUGGAAGCAAGAGCAUUAAGAAUCCAUUGCAGCAUAAGGAGGAAAGUCGCCGCUCAUCUAGAUGGCGUGGCUUUCUAUCCAGUUUGGGCGUCUCUGUUCCUUCAGGCCUGCACAUCGGGCCACAGCACAUGAUUCAGGACAAGACCACGUCUGUCCCAGAGUACGUCCUGUCUUCAUUACCUGGCCCUGAGAAACUGCACAUGGAGUGGAACCUCCCUGCUUUUAUCAACAUGUUCCUACCUGAAUUUCCUCACCGCAGCAUACCUGGACAUGAGCACUUCCAGAUCCUGGGUUACGUUGCUAAAGGAUCAUUUGGUCCCAUCUUGAAGGUGAAGGACAAGUCAAAACAGAAGACUUAUGCAGUGAAGGUCAUCCCGAAGUCUGAGAUUCUUCGUCAGGGUGUGCUGGACCAGUCUAAGGAAGAGGUGAUUGUCCAGCGUCAGGUCCGCCACCCUUUCGUCCACGACCUGCAGGACUGCUGGCAGACCCAGCACCACCUCUAUAUUAUGUGUGAUUACUGCAGCACAGGUGAUUUAUACACCUACUGGGUGAUGAUCGGUCAGUUCGGAGAGGAUGCCCUCAAGGUGUUCGCCGCUGAGCUCGGCUCUGCUAUCGGCUUUCUUCAUGAUUAUGGAAUCAUCCACCGUGACGUUAAGAUGGAGAACGUUCUUCUGUCAGAUCAGGGGCAUUUACGCCUGGCUGAUUUCGGUUUGUCCCGGAGGCUCGAACAUGGAGGAAGGGCAUUCACUAUCUGUGGGACAAUUCAGUACAUGGCUCCUGAAGUGCUGAGCGGAGGGCCGUACAGCCACGCCGCCGACUGGUGGUCACUCGGGAUCCUGCUCUUCGCAUUGGCUACCGGCAAGUUUCCUGUUCCUCCCGAGUCAGAUCACUGUUGCAUGCUGAGGAAGGUGCGCUGCUUCCCCUACGACAUGCCCAGAAGCUUCUCUCCUCCGUUUGCCCUUUUGCUGACCGAGCUGCUGUGUAAGACCCCGACACGUCGCCUGCGAACCCUGGAGCGCUUCAAGCGCCAAACCUUCUUCCACGGUACUCCGUUCGACUCGCAGCUCUUACAGAAAAGCCCCGUGGAGCUGAUCCUGGAACUGAAGAAGCGGCCCGAUCGCCCUGCCAAAGCCUGCCGAGGUCUCGCUCUGGAGCCGUUUCCCGAUUUUGAUUUUGACUGCGGUUUCCAUGGAGAUUCAACCUCCACCUCAGCUCAAGAAACCCUGGACCUAGCAGAGGCCCUCGACCAAGGACAAGUAACUUCCUCAGAGAGCCUUUUUGUAGCAUGAUGCUAACUGAAUGAUAAUGGUUUGAAAUGUGUAGCACAGGAAUUGUACAUUCCCAUAAUUUCACUGUGAGAAAUUCUUUGUGUCCAUUGAAAUUAUUUAGAACCAAGACAUUUUAAAGUACGUUUUAUGUUAUAAGGUAAGAAUAUUCAUGCUACAGGUGAGUUCCCAUGCCAAGGCUUUUUUUGUGUUGUUGCAUUUCUCAGGGUUAUUCUAUAUUUCAUGUUAAACUUAAACAGCAAGCUAACACCCUGCCUGUCCACCUUUAGGUGAAAACCAGUGUAUUUUUUACAAGCCUUUUGCUUUAUGCACCGUUUUUGUACUGUGUUCAGUAUUACACAAAACUGGUAGCUAUACUCACUGAACACAUUUAGUAAUGUUUAUUAUCAUGGAUGAUCCCCAUGGAGCAAUCUCAAAGUCAUAGAGGAAGAAACACGACAUGAUGUACUGGGAUUUUAUUUAUUGAUGGUGUUUUUUCUAACCAGCAAAACAAAUGUAAAGUCACGUACAGUCUUAGCGAAGAAUAUAUCCAAGGAGGCACUUUGCUUACAAAACUGAUGAAGCUCUGUGUGCUAUGCUUAAUCUCUUUCCCUCUGGAAUUCUUGGCACCCUUGAUGAGCAUGUAAAUAUACAUAAUAUGGCCAAAUUUUUCUAGACACCUGAUUAUUACACUUAUAUGUGGUUCCUUAUCAAAAAGGGUUGCUACAAAUUUGGAAACACACAAUUAUAAAGUAUAGAAUGAACUCAAUUUCUUUUUAGAAGCCCAGACAUGUUCCAGCAUGACACAAAGCAAAGCUCUAUGAAGACGUUGUGUGGAGGUUUAGGUGUAGAAGUGGAAGAUCUCCAGUGUCCUGUACAGAGCCCUGACUCUGACUCAACCCCACUGAACACCUUUGAUAUGACCUGGAACACCGACUGAACCCCAGACCUCCAUGAGUAUCUGAUCAUACUAAUGCUUUUGUAGCUGAAUGAACACAAUUCCUCACAGCUAUGCUCCAACAUGUAGUGGAAAACCUUCCCAGAAGAGCAAAGCUGAGCUUAUUAUAAGAGACAAGGCGAAAACAUGUGGAAAAAGAUGUUCGGCAAGCACAUGUGAGUGUGAUGGUCAGAUGUCAGAUAGAUAGAUGGAUGGAUAGAUAGAUAGAUAGAUAGAUAGAUAGAUAGAUAGAUAGAUAGAUAGAUAGAUAGAUAGAUAGAUAGAUAGAUAGAUAGAUAGAUAGUAUUUUUCUUGUACCUCUUGUCUUUAAAUGAUGAAAUAUAUUUAAUAUUUAGAAUAUAAAGAUAGUUUUCGAUCAGUUUGUUGUUUCUACCCUUUUUUUAGACGAAGAAAACUGUUUUGCAUCUGCUUAGGAUAUCAAUUGAGAUGAAUAUAAUAAAAAAAAAUUGUAU